AAUGGAAGAUAAUUAAACAUAGAUUGCAUUUGAUUAUGUCGCAUUUAUAAAAUAAAUACCACACAAUUACCCUUAUGAAUGCAUAGGAUUUUUACUUUUCCUCUUUUACAUUUUUAUGUAUAUAACAGGAAAUACAACCAAUAAAAAACUUGCAUUAAAAUUUGCAUCAACAACAUAUGACUUCUUUAAAACAAAUUUCACUUAUGUUGGCGUUACAAAUAAAGAAAAUGGACCACUCCUUUAAUCCAUCUCAAGUAAUUCCUUUGGGUAAAUAUUCACUUCUCAAUUUCUUAGAUUUAUAGCUUAAGGAAGAAACAAUUUAAAUUGUUUAGCUGUCACUAUUGAUCUAAAGAAACGCUAAGACUUAUUAUCGAUGCUAUUAUUUUCAUUCAUUUGGCCUGAAAGAGACACUAUCACUAUUGAUAUACCUUUAGCAGCUACACCAUAACCCAUUUGUUUUGCUUUGGUCAAAAAAAGAGAUGCUAAAUCAUACAAAGAAUCUAAUAUUGAUCUUAAAUAUCUCUGUGAAAAGUUAUCUAUUGAUAAAAUAGAUGAUAAGUAAUUGAUUUAUCUAUGCAUAGUUUAACUCUUGUCACACUUGGUGAAGGGAAAGAACCUUUGACUACUAUUUUUGAUUCCAAAUUUUGUUAAGCCUUAAAGAAAUAUGACAAAUACAUUUAAAAUAUUCAUUUUACUGAUUAAAAAACACUCUUACCAAAGUAAAUAAUUCAUAUAAUCAAUAUUUUAGUCCAUAUAAUCUUAGAGCUACAUUAAUGAAUAUUGAAUCAUUAGAUGAUUACACUGAAUUCAUUUAAUUGAUGCUGUAAAUUGUAGAUAAAAUUGCAAAUUUUAAAUUAUCAUAAACUUUUAGAUAAUAGUAUGAAGAAGAAAGAAUUAAAUUUGAAGAGAUAAAAUCUAGAGAUGAAAAAUAAAAGAAAAUUGAAGUAUAUGAUUUAUUUGUUAUAUUUUAGGAAGCAUAAAAAAAGAAAACAGAAAAAUUACAAAAGGAAAAAUAAAAGAUUUUAUCUUUACCUAGAGAAUAAUAAAUCAAAUUGUAAGAGAAAGAAAAGAGAGAUGAAAUAAAAAAAAAAUAUGCAAAAAGAACAAUGUAUAUGUGAG